CGAUAUCAAACGUAAAAAAGUUCCCAACUUUGAGUCAAUUUUAGGGUUUUGAUCGUCAAUUAUGGAGCAGGAAUCAAUGGCGAAGGCCGAUGAUGAGAAGAACGAGAACAAGUACAGCAUCAUAAUCCCAACUUACAACGAGCGCCUCAACAUCGCGCUCAUCAUCUACCUCGUCUUCAAGCAUCUUCAGGAUGUUGAUUUUGAAGUCAUCAUUGUGGAUGAUGGAAGCCCUGAUGGAACACAAGAUGUUAUAAAGCAGUUGCAGCAAGUAUAUGGGGAAGAUCGAAUUCUAUUAAGAGCAAGGCCUAAAAAGCUUGGUUUGGGAACUGCUUACUAUCAUGGGCUAAAGCAUGCUUCUGGAAACUUUGUUGUUAUCAUGGAUGCCGAUCUAUCACACCAUCCAAAGUACUUACCAAGCUUCAUCAGGAAGCAGAAGGAAACUGGUGCAAAUAUAGUUACUGGAACGCGGUAUGUUAGAAAUGGAGGUGUACAUGGAUGGAAUCUCAUGAGGAAAUUGACAAGUAGGGGAGCAAAUGUACUUGCACAAACUCUUUUAUGGCCUGGGGUAUCAGAUCUCACUGGAUCGUUUCGGCUUUAUCAACGAUCGGUUCUUGAGGAUGUCAUGAACUCGUGUGUCAGUAAGGGAUAUGUAUUUCAAAUGGAGAUGAUUGUUAGGGCCACCAGGAAAGGAUAUCACAUUGAGGAGGUUCCAAUUACCUUUGUGGACAGAGUCUAUGGGAGCUCAAAGCUCGGAGGAUCUGAGAUAGUUGAAUACCUGAAAGGCCUCGUAUACUUACUGUUGACAACAUAAAAAAGUUUACUUUGAGGUACUGUUUUCUGAUUUUGUUUUCAUGUGACAUUAACUUGGUUAACAAAACAAUAGACGUUGUAACCAUUUCAUAGUUAUAUGAUUGGUUUCACAUAGGAAGAUUUUUUUUCCGAUAUGUAUCAUCUGAUGUUUGAAUGUUUUAGAGUGAUAUACAUAGAAAUGAUGGAAGGUAAUUUUGCUAUA